AUGUCCAUAUAUAAGUCUGAGGAGGAAUCAUCUGUUUUGCGCAACAACAGCAUAUACGCACACGCGAAACUACCUUUUCAAUAUAAUGAAAGCGCUGGAGAUUUCGCUUUAGAAACAUUCAUCAACAAUCUGCAAUUGGACCUUUAUAGGUUAAUGAAUGAAGAGGCAAAGAACGAGUAUUUGGAAAAAUAUGAUGCUUUAGAUAUGUUCACGGCCGUUCAGGAAAUAAACCACGAGUUAGCUUCAGUUAAAUUAGAAAAUCACUUUCUUACGGAUUUUCUCGAGCGGAACGAUCCGAAAAUGUUGUUCGGUCUCAAACAAAGACGUACCACUGCAGAACAGCAAAGGCGUUUGACAACGGCUUCAAUCUCCGCCGCAAGUGCACAUUUAUCGAUCGCAACACCACGGCGCUCAGUCGGUUCCCGACCCUCUGAGAAUAUGUCCAUUUACAACACAAGUCAAUCAAAUUACACUGGUACUUCAAAGAAAGGUGGACUGCUAGAUAUGCACGGCGGACAAAUGGACUAUCGGCUAAAUUACAAAGCCAAAUGUGAUAUGGCGGAGAAGGCUACAACCGAAAUUGAGAAACGAGUCAAUGAGAUGGAGUCUAAAGCAAUGCAGGGAAUUAAAUUUCUGAAUGCUAGAAUCGAGGAGUUGCAAUUCCGAUACAAUGAAACCGAGGAAACAAUCAUGAAUUUUCAACUGCAUUUUCUAAACGAUAAACAAGAUCUUUUAUUUUUGGAGACCGCUGGUGAAAAACAGGUAGAACGAAAGUUUCGAAAGUUCGUUAACAAUUGGCUGAAAAACGCUCGUGCACUUCUCAGCACAAUGCGCCUGCGUAUCACAGCGCUAAACGAAAGUUGCCAACAGCUACGCAGUGAUCUCAUUACAAAGGCAGACCUUAGCGGCAUAUUGAGUGAAGUGGAUUUUGAACAAUUGAUAAUAAAGCGAAAUGAACUACUGAACUCACUUGACGAAAAAAACGCACAUAUGGCUGGACUGAAGAGCGUUACGGGUAAAGCAUCAUUGGCCAUGUCCGAAGAAAAGAAAAUCAUGAUGAAUCUUGAGGAAGAAUCAAAAUCAAUUGCGUACAAGACGAUUGAUAUAAUUAAAAACGUUUCGCAGCUUGAAAGGGAAACCAAAUGCGUUGAAGAGGAAAAUAAGAAGGAGUUGAAAGUGCUCCAAACACUAAAGGAACAAUUGGAACUCUACCAGGCACCUAGCGUAUAUCAGUAUGUUGAAAAGAAGGACGAAUUGCUGAUGCUGGAAAAGGAGGAAAAAAUGUUGCACCGAAAAAUUUACAUAUUAAAUGUAAAACUUAAUAAUGUUUCGAAUCGUUGUACAAAAAUGAAGGGACACAAUAUUGGUUUGUAG